AUGCAAACAUUGCAAGCCUGUCGCGGUUCGGGCCGUGCGCGAAGGCUUGGUCGAGUGCAUCGUCGCAAUUCUCUUGUUGCAGGGCCAAGUAGUCGCCUACCCGACAGUCGUGCAUAGGCCGUGCCACGCGCGAUGACUUGAAGCCAGUUGCAAUGUCAAGUCUGCUGCGUUGAUCCCGCUCUCCUGGGUGUGCAAUACCUCCUUUGUAGGCAGAGCCUAGACCAGCAGAAUCGUGACAUGUUGCCAAUAUUUAGCGCAAUUUGCCUCGAGUGCUUUGUCCGCAUGAAAGCGGCCGUCUGGGAGAUACGACAUAGACGUGGCUCGAAAGCCACAGUAAUGGCCACCCGAAUUCAUUCAAGCAAUAUGAGCUGGUUUGUAGGAUGCACAUACAGUGACGCGGACUAGUGGCGGGCUGGCUUGGGCAAUCGUGGUCGCUGGUCGGCAAAUUGCUUGGUGCGACUCAAAUCGAGCCAUACCCACGAUCAAUGUAUUCUUUAUAGCUUCAUGUAUUGAGUGGGCAUGUAGUGGAUGGCCGCGACAGAUAGAGCAUUCGGGCAUACAUGUUACAAUCAUACAAGGAACGGCGCUCCAAUAAGAGUCUUAGCAAACAGCACCUUCAUGAAUCAUAUUGAUAUACUUGGAUGGUGUUGGAGUUGCCGACGUCUAGCAAAAGGCCAUUCCAGCAAACUAUUGCGAGGGACCGACAUGCCAACGGGCAGUAUGCGCAUGGUCACGCGUAUGAGGUAGACCUGGGACCACUUCUGGGACUGUGCAGUGGCCAAAGCAGCGGUGGCACAAAUUAGUGCCAUGGAGCAUGGUCGGCGGCCCAAGGAGGAGCGGCUGCGGCAGCAGUAGCUAGCAGCAAACACCGGGGCUGCAUUGGCAGAUGCAGCAGAAGAAAGAUCCCGCUCCUAAUGAGGUCCCGCCCACGCAGCCGCCGCCAGGUGCGGUGAGCCCGCUGCAACAGCAGCCGGCGGCAGUGGAGGCGGCGGCUGACGCGCACCACGCGGCGGCUGGCGGCGCGGCGGCUGGUGCCGCUAGCGCGGUCGGCGACGCCGCGGCGGCCGUGCACCACCCAGCCGAGCCGUACGCAGGCGCUGCGGCGGGCGUCGCGGAGCUGCGGCACCGCCACCACACCCCGCCCACCCAGUCCGCGGCCCCUGAACCCCUGCUGCGGCAAGCGCCACGCCUGCUGCGGCCACGCCCGCCGCCGCCCGCGCGUCCGCGCACGGCUCCGGGGCUGGAGCUUCCGGCUUUCCUGCGGCUGCUGCUGCUAACUCUUCAGCGCACGCGCCGCCGGCAGCUGGCGGCGCGGAGGGUGGUGAUGCCGCUGCACUACAGCUCAGCCCAGUGGCUGCGCGCGGCGGCGUCGGUGUACCCCGCCCGCAGUCCGCUGCAGCUGGCCUACGUGGCGGAGCACAACUUCAUGCAAGCGCGCAUCCGCAGCCUGGAGGCCAUGGCGGCGCGCUACGGAGCCGGCGGACUUCCGGUCGCAACCGGCGGCGGCGGACCCGGCCCCACCGUCGGCGCCCCUGGCGGCGGCGCCCCGGCGGCGGACCCCUACCCCACCAUCCCGCCGCCCUUUGCCGGCGGGCUGGGCGCCGCGGCGGCUGUUCCGCCGCUGGACGGCGCCGCUGGCGCUGGCGGCGCCUCCGCCUACCCGCCCAUGUGGUCGGCCGCCGCCGCCGCCACGGCGGCCGCGGCGGCGCCGCCGGCGGCGGCUCCAAUGCUGGCCGCGGCGAUGAUGGGGCUGUUCAACCCCAUGGGCUUUGGCGGGCUGCCGGGCGCCGGCGGCUUCGGUUUCCCAGGCGCCAUGUUCCCGCCGGGCCUGAGCCCGCGGCGGCGGCGGCCGGUGGCGCCACGGGCGCCAGCAGCAGCAGCGGUGCAGCAGGCCGCGCAGCCACAGCAGCCGGCGGCGCAGGAGCAGAAGCCCGCAGCUGCAGCGGCGGCGCCGGCGGCUGAGCCCGCGGCGCCUUCCGACGGCAGCGGCGGGGUUGCGGCCAGCGCCGAUGGCGCUGCGGCCACCUCGCCAGCCAGCGCUAGCAAUGUCCCGUCGGAGCCGGCGGCUGCCGCUGCUGGGGCCUCCACCGCUGCUCCUGCAACUGCCCAGCCGGAGGCUUCCCCAGCGGAGGCCAGCGCGGGGCAGGCGGCUGGCACAAAGGUGGAGGAAGCUGCGCCGCCGUUGGCGGCAGCUGUGUCGGAGGCUGGCCAGGCUGCGAAGCCCGAGGCGGCGGCAGCGGUCAGUCCUGCGGAGGGGGGCCACACCGGCGCGGCUGGCGGAGCAGCGGAGGACGGCGCGGCAGCUGGCGAGGCGGAUGCGGACGCGGAGGAGCUGCGGCGCCUGCGGCUGCAGCGCUUUGCGGGGCCGCAGUAGAGGCGUGUUGUGACGGCAAAAGCAAGUUGUAGGCUGUGUGUUAAACAAAGGUACGGUAAUAGAUCUUCGUCGACAGUGUCGCCCUUGGCGUCUUGGCACUAGCGGCAAGCGUAGAGACGUGUUGUGUGUACGAGUCACACGAGGUUGCUUGCUCACAAGGAGGCAGUGGAAGGUCCUGGACUGCGGUGAUCAGGACGUGACGUGCAGGCUGCCAGGAAGGGCAAUUGCAUCGACACUUCAAAAGCGUUGAGGUGUUUUGAAUCCCUGCUUUGGCAUGCCGAAAGCUCAGACACCGUACAGCCAUGUGGGAGUGUGUGUGGCGUGGAUACGGUAGAUGGGCUUUACCAACCCGGUGGGCGCAGGUCAAAUACGCAGCAGGCCCAGCCGCACUACUACUCGGGCCAGCAGGAUGGUCCGCUGUGGAAAGGGUGGCCUGGAGACCUGGACCGACAGCUCGCACCGGUGCCGAACAUGUGUAUGAACACGCGGCAGGCGCUAUAAUGUCGCGGGUCCGGUCAUGCAUGCUGGUAAAUUGCCGACGGUUGAAGGUGGGACAAUGCGCGUGUGCAAGAACGCCAAGCGGGGCAGGGCGGGGCCGUCAGUGCACGCAACGUCUCGUUAGCU